UCAGCGGGGGAGCUCACACGAUCAAAGAGAUGAACCUGGAUGAGGAUAGCGGCCUGUCCGUCAGCUGUGGCAAUGGCAAACUGAGACAGUGGCUGAUCGACCAGAUCGACAGCAGGAUAUAUCCCGGGCUGGUUUGGGAAAACGACGAAAAGACAAUUUUUCGGAUUCCAUGGAAACAUGCAGGGAAGCAAGAUUAUAACAGGGAGGAGGAUGCUGCGCUCUUCAAGGCAUGGGCAUUGUUCAAAGGAAAAUAUAAGGAGGGUGUGGACAAGCCAGAUCCCCCCACAUGGAAAACUAGGCUUCGCUGUGCGCUCAAUAAAAGCAACGACUUCGAUGAGUUAAUAGGAAGAAGCCAACUGGACAUCUCAGAGCCCUACAAAGUCUACAAAAUCAUCCCAGAGGAAGCCAAAAAAGGAAUGAAGAUGAGCAGUAUGGAGGAGACACCUUCACAUGUGAAUACCCUUGGCUAUAUUCCUCAGUAUGGCUCUCUGCAUAACCAGGUACCUGGCUACAUGGUUUCUCAGGAGCGGAGGGACUGGAGGGAUUACUCGCCCGCUGAACAACAGGCCCUUGCUCCUCCACAUCACCACGGACCACAUGCAGAACUGCAGUACAGCCACUACCCAUCCCCCAUCAGCCGCGCUUGGCCUGGGUCACACGCAGAAAAUGGUUUUCAGCUCUCCUUCCACACCCACUUUGCAGAGUCACAACCACCCGUGUAUACAAUGGACCACAACAACACAAUAACAGAUUUCAGACUGCAUGUGUCCCUGUACUACAGAGAGUCUCUGGUGAAGGAAGUUACCACCACCAGCAUGGACGGUUGCCGGAUCACCUCUGCUUCCUCCUCCUCCUCCUCCUCCUCUUCAUCCUCUUCCUCCCCCACUUCUCCAUGCCCAGAGGACAAGAUUCACAGUGGGGCAGAAAUCAUCCUUUUCCCAUUCCCAUACCCCGAGUCCCAGAGGCAGGGUGCUGAGAUGCUUCCUAAUGUACUGGAGAGGGGGGUGCUGCUUUGGAUGAUGCCCGAUGGGUUGUACGCAAAGCGCCUGUGUCAGGGACGAGUGUAUUGGGAGGGACCCCUUGCUCCGUAUCUGGAUAAACCCAAUAAGCUGGAGAAGGAGCAGCCAUGCAAACUGUUUGACACCCAGCAAUUCCUUAUUGGUAAGUAG